AUGAACGGGAAGAAGAGCAGCGUAUGGGAUGCUGUUUCGCGGUGGCUGCCCCCCAGCGAGGACCAAAAUGUCGAGUACUGGUGGAAGCUGACUGGCCCCCACGUUGCGCACAUGAUGCAUGCCGCUGGGUAUCCAGUUGAGGCGCAGUACGAUGCCCUCCUCUUUCACUACCACUAUAUCGUCCCCUACCUCGGCCCGUCCCCUAGCGGCCGCAAUGGGCCCCCUGCAUGGAACUGCCUCUUGGGCAAUGAGGGGUCGCCCCUCGAGUACUCGUGGAAGUGGAACACGUCCGCUGCCGACUCGAGGCCCGACGUGCGGUACUGCAUCGAGGCCAUCGGCAAGUACGCCGGUCGGCCGCGAGACCCGCUCAACCAGGAUGCGUCCAUCGAGCUGCUGUACCGUCUGAAGGAUGCCGUGCCGACCGUCGAUCUUACCUGGACCAACCAUUUCUUGGCCACGCUAUUCGACCAUGACCGCGGCAAGUACGCCGACGAGGCUGCGCGUGGAGACCGUUUCUCGAGCACCAUCUUCGUUGCGCCCGAAUGGCUUGACAAGGGCUUCAGCGUCAAGACGUAUUUUCUACCCCGCCGCCUUGGCACCUCGGUCAGUGCCAAGGGUCUUACCCUCGCGCAGUGGGAGGAAUCUUUUGCCCAGAUCGACCCUGGCAACAAGGCGCGCGAGGCGCUGUUCGAAUAUCUCACCAAUGACCCCGAGGGCCAGCAACUCACUCCCUUUAUGCUCGCCGUGGACAAUGUCGAGCCAUCCAAAUCCCGGCUCAAGCUCUACUUCCUGGGGCCGCGCAACAGCUUCGCGUCGGUGCGCAGUAUCAUGACGCUGGGCGGUAAGAAGCCCGUAGACGAGGCUCACUUGCAGGAGCUGAGGUCUCUCAUCUGCGCCGUCUCCGGCAUCGACGAGGCCCACCCCGAAGACCAGGACACGCCGUUCACCGCGGCGCACUACACGGACGGCACCAAGGACAACUUUGGCCAGCUGCCGGAAGUGCUGCACAACUAUGUCUACUACUUCGACAUCGCGCCUGGCCGGUCGCUUCCGGACGUCAAGUUCUACACCCCUGUCCGCGGGUACGGCCCCGACGACGCCGCGCUGGCCGAGGGUCUCAUGGGCUGGAUGGAGAAGCGUGGUCGCGGGCAGUAUAAUGCCGAGUACCUCGGCGUGCUUAAGCAGCUGAACCGGCAUCGCCAGCUUCAUGAUGGCAAGGGCGCGCAUAUAUUCAUCAGCUGUCUCAUCACAAAGGAUGGCGAGCUCGACAUCACGUCGUAUCUUGGCGCCGAGGCAGUUGAUCCUUCCAAGACCGCUCAGGCGCGACAGCGUAAGACGAGAAGACGCAGCGAUAGCCGAUAGAGUUCCUCAUGUAUAUACACGUUUCCUGCUCUUUUCCUCAAGCAACCAACGUAUACAGAGUCGUCGACAGUGAAACGCAGCCCAGGA